AUGAUGAUAACGCGCGAGAAGCAAUUUCAAUUCAAAUCAGAUUCGGAAAUACCUUUGCAUUUUCUCUGUUCCAGCGUUCAACUAGUGUCCAUCUUUGCCAUACUAGGCUUUCAAAUCGUCUUAACCAUCACGAACACGUGUCCGUUCUCUACGGUGAUUGGCUAUUGGUCAUUUCCAUUUCUCAUUAUUGCGCCGAUUAGCAUCGGUAUCUUUCUUCAGAAACGAAAUUUCCUGUCCUGUUGUUUACUGUUUGCCACUCAUUUCUGCUCGAAUGUGUUCGCCACAGUCAUCGUUAUCAUAAGUGUUCUUGUGCUGAUUCAACGCUUUGGAAGUUCGUGUCUGAUCAUGACUGAAUAUUCAUUAGCAUUGAAUAUUUCUUUGGUUACGAUUUCAAUUUGCUUGAAAAUUGUUCUAUACGGAGAGAUUCUUCACGUUUAUGUAAUCGCACGGCGGAAUCGCAAACGUUCGAAAGCAUCUCAGAAAAGUCAUCACAUGCUAUUCGACGAUCCUUAUCGACGAGAUUGGAAAUUAUUGCAAUUCAACUUUCGUACGUUCGACGAGAUUGAUAUUUAA